AUGGAUAUUGUCAGUCUGGAAAACAAGAAUAGUCGUUCUCUCCUAAGUCAGGCUGAGUCAAAGGAAGCCUCCGUAGUAAUUAGGAACACUCUGCCUGAGCAGUGGGAAGAUGAAAACAGUUUAAUUUCCAAAUUUGCCAGUAAAACGCAACGUAGGAAAUCACCGCGGCACGUGGCAAAAGCCUUGCCGCAGAUUGCGUGCAAGAAGUGCAACGAAUCAUUCUGUUUUAUUGAGCAGUACCAGUCGCACAUCCAGCUCAAGCAUGACGUUAAUGUGGCUGUCAAGUAUAGCUGUAAUAUGUGUGAGCGGCUUUUUUCUACGCACCAGAAUCUCCGGCAGCAUCGCCUCACCACUCAUAGUGAUGAGCGGGGCUUCUCCUCUGUGUUUUGCAACAAGAAGUUUAAGCGCCAGAAGGACAGAAACGACCAUAUUCGCAGGGCGCACAAGAAGAAGAGGGAUCCCCAGGCCUGCCCGUACUGCGACAAGGUCAUCAGCUCCAAGUGUGGCCUGACAGUCCACAUACGAACACACACGGGGGAGAAACCUUAUAAAUGCAAACACUGCCCAGCCAGCUUUGCUCAGAGAUCUGCUUACAAUACCCAUGUAAGGUAUAGCAUUCUCUGUGUGUGUGUGUCUGUGCAUGCGCGGAAAAAUGUGUCUUCCCUCUGGGCACCAGGUUGA